AUGUUUUCUCCCCAUUUUCCAGGAGUACAUCGUGAACAGGAACAGGAAAAUCGAGCGGCGCCGCCAGGAGCUGACGGAGAAGGAGGGGAACAAACCCCGAGCCGACCCCUUCAAGGGCAUCGGCCAGGAGCAUUUCUUCAAGCGGAUCGAGGCGGCGCACUGCCUGGCGUGCGACAUGCUGAUCCCGGCGCAGGGACACCUCCUGCAGCGGCACCUCCGGUCUGCCGAGCACAACCGCAGCCGCAGGCUGGCAGCGGAGCAGUUCAAGAAGACGAGUCUGCACGUGGCCAAGAGCGUCCUGAACAACAAACACAUCGUCAGGAUGCUGGAGAAAUACCUGCAGGGUGAAGAUCCCUUCACGGAGGAGCCCCAGGACGGCCCCAAAGCCGCGGAAAUUCCGGAAAAAUCCCCGGAAAAUUCCCAAAUUUCCCCGGACGGCGCCAAAGCCCAGGAAUUCCUCACGGCCCCCGGGCCCCUCCUGGUGCCCCCAUUCCUGGAGGAGCCCGAAAAUCCUGAAAAUCCCCAAAAUUCACAGGAAAACCCCAAGAAAAUCCCCAAAAUUCCCAGGAAAACCCCCAGGAAAAUCCCAAAAAUCCCCCAGAAAAUCCUGAAAAUCCCCAGGAAAAUUCCCAAAAUCCCCAGGAAAAUUCCCAGGAAAAUCCCGAAAAUUCCCAAGAAAAUCCCCAGGAAAAUCCCCAAAAUUCCAAGAAAAUCCAAAAACUCCGAGGAAAAUUCCCCCAACUCCCAGGAAUUUGGGAUUCCCCCAAAAACCAAACUGAGGAGGAAAAGGAGGAAAAAAAUCCGGAAAAAAUUCCAGAAAAAGAGGAAAAAACCCCGGAAAAGGAGGAGGAAAAAACCUCGCAAGAGCCCUGAGAAUUCCAGGAUGAAGAAGCCACAAAAGAGGAAAAAUUUCCGAAUUUUCCCAUUCCUGAGGAAUUCCCUGCUGGGAUUUGAGGCAAUUUAUAGCGAAAUAAAGCCCCAAAAAUGGGAAAAAUAAAAAGUUGGAAGUUUGGAAAAA